GCAACAGGAAGGGGAAAAUAUUUUCUAUCUGGCUGUGGAAGAUAUUGAAACAGACACAGAACUUCUGAUUGGGUACUUGGACAGUGACAUGGAAGAAGAGGAGGAGGAGGAAGAAGAAGUACCUGUUAUCCAGGAAGAUGAAGACAGUGGCAACAAUAAAGAAGUGCAACCAGCCAGUGAAAAAAUUGCAGAUCCCCUCACCUGUAAAGAGGACCAUGCAUGCCCAAACUGUGAAUCCAGUUUUGCCAGCCAGGAGAUUCUAGCUGAACAUCUUCAGACUUUGCACCAAAAACCCAGUGAGGAAAAGGAAUUUAAGUGCCGAAACUGUGGAAAGAAAUUCCCUGUUAAACAAGCUCUACAAAGACAUGUACUUCAGUGCGCAGAGAAGAAUAUCAGCCCAGGAGACUCUUCAAGAAGUUUUCAGUGCUCUGUUUGCAAUACUUCCUUCAGCUCAGAAUCGAGGUUUUGUGUCUGAGUUACUGGACUGCUGUCAUACAAUUGCUGGCCUUCCUUUGCAUGUUAACUUUCAGGCUUGCUAGUUUAUGUGAAUCCUAACGGUGAAAGAAGUCAAAUGCUUUCAUUUCUAUUUCCUGUAAGUAAUGCAUGAGGUGGCCUUGGAACUCUGCAAUGCAGCAUGCAUUAAGCUCAGAGUACUUGCUAUGUGUCUGUUUUCU